AUGCAUCAUGGUCAUCAUGGCCAUCAUGGCCUUGGUUCGCAAUGGGCAGAUGACGACAAAGAUUAUAUGUGCCUCCCGGCACUGCACGCCAAAAGUGACCAAGGGUCGCGUGUGGAGGGCAAGCGCGUUUACCCACGCGCAGACGUUGCUUGCCAAGGAUCCGAAUGUGGCAGCCUUUUGAAGAAUGACAUGUACGCCUGGCAGUUCCACUCCGCAGCCGGAGUUCACACGGCGCAGCAAAGCAAGGCAUCCUUGCGAGUUUACUCUACGGAAGACCACAGCAAGCUUUACGACGGCCUGGCUGGGCGGCCGCAUGUGACGGGACCCCCACGGCCAUACGACACCCCGCGUCGCCGAUUCCCGGGGGCCAAUGUCUCACAAGUGGAUGGGCUUCUGCGAGAUGACAUGACUCCAUUGGCUUCGGAGCAUCCCUCUCAGUACGGGGAGCUCUACAACGGAGCUGCUGGAGUCCAUAAACAUUGGCUUCUGAAGCCAAAGGCAGAAGAGCAAGGCGAAGUGCAACGCAGCUGUGGUGGGGCAGGCCCGUCCCAAGUGGACGAGAUUCUUUUGGGACGCGACAUAGACGGGUCCACCACUUCGACGUUGAAGCAGCUGGAGUUUUCGAGGGGCGCAGCGGGUUGCAAGAGCAUUGGUGUGGCUCCCAAGCUCAUGGGAAAGCGCUGCGUUCCAGGCGGCGCCUCGGAGGUGGACGAGCUCAUUUGGGGCACGGAUGUCGAUGGCUCCUCGGAUCCUGUGUUCUUAAAGGCCAAGGACCAGCUCUUCCGAGGGGCGGCCGGGGUGCCCGGGGCGGCAGUGGCCGGGGCGGGAGUCGGAAAGAUGCCGCUGACCAGCCGAGGCCGGCGGCACUUGCCAGCAACAACGAGUGCACCGAGUGCCAUACCAAGUGCCACACCGAGUGGGCCGAGCGAGAGCAAAGCCGAAGGUCGCCGGCACCUUGCAGGACCUGCAGAUCGAGUGGCAUUUUUGUUAGGGAAGCCCGACAAAGGGAAGGAGGAGGAAAGCCAAACUUUGGGCCGUGGCCGUCGCCACAUUCCGGCUGUGGGAGCUUCUCGGGUGGAUGACAUUGUGCUGGGCAGAGACAUCGAUGGCUCCGCCCAGCAGUUUGCGCUCUUCGCCGACGCCGCAGGAGCCGAAGGUGCCGCCGGGCGCCGCUGCGCCGGUGAGGAGAGCCGCUUGGAGGGCCGCCGCCACCUCCCCGCCUUCGGUGCCUCCAGGGUGGACGACGUCGUCCUGGGGAAGGACAUCGACGGAUCCGCCCAGCAGUUUGCCACCGCCGAAGUUGCAGGUGCUGGCGCUGCCGGGCGGCGCUGUGUUGGGGUGGAUCUUCGUGUACAGGGAAGACGGCACGCGCCGCAGGAAGGAGGAGGCGAUGCUGCGGGGCACCGGGCUCUCCCACGCGGCCUGGAGCGGCGGCUCCAAGAAGUUGCCGAGGGUUUCUUGUAA